AUGAAUUCGACCCCAGGAAAUGAAUCCCAAGUCAAACUCUGCACGAACGCCGUAUGUGUUUUCAUUUCAACAGCCAAUACGAUCAUCUGCAUCCUGGGUACCAUCGGGAACGGUUUGGUGAUCUGGAUCACGGGGUUUAAGAUAAAGAAAUCGGUGAACAGAAUUUGGUACCUCAGUCUGGCUGUGUCUGAUCUCCUGCUGUGUGCCACCUUACCCUUAUAUAUCUUCUACUUUAUUAAGAAAGACUGGGUCCUUGGGGAUUUUAUGUGCAAGUUCAGGACCUUCUUCUUGUUGCUCAACAUGUUCAGUAGCAUCUUCCUCCUCGUCAUCAUCAGCGUGGAUCGCUGCCUCGUCGUCAUGUUUCCUGUUUGGGUGAGAAACAAUCGUACUGUAAGAAAAGCCUUGGUAGUGGUGCUUCUAGCUUGGAUUGUUUCGGCAGCACUGAGCGUGUCAUAUUCCAGUUUCCGACAAGUUGGAGUUGGAGAAAAGGGCUUCAAAAUCUGUUUCUACAGUUAUGAUGAGAACCGUACAGCUGUAGUGGUGAGCAAAUUCAUCUUCGGAUUCAUGAUCUUGUUCCUGAUUAUCAUCGUCUGUUACGGCCUCAUCAUGCGAAAGGUGAAGAACGAUCAGAUGGCGAAGAACACCAAACCCUUUAAGAUCAUGACGUUGCUGAUUGCUGUUUUUUUUGUCUGCUGGCUGCCGAUGCACAUCCUGUCUAUGAUGAAAAUAAAAGAAGAGUAUCGUAAAUCCCAAUCGCCGGUCGUCAUCGGACUCAAAUUUGCCACCACCCUCGCCCACGCCAACAGCUUACUGAACCCGAUUCUUUACACGCUCAUGGGAAAGGACAUAAAGAUUGCAUUUUCCACUAUACUAUCCAAGAUGCAAACAGCUAUGGAGGAAGAGGAACAACAGUUACCACGUAACUCAGUGUUACCUCUUAUUUCUUUUGACUGAUUUGGUCAAUGAAUAAGUUCUACAGAAACACCCAUGUGUUGCAUUGUUAUUAUUGCUUUAAAUAUGGUCUCUUUUAUAUCUUCAGUAAACAACAAAGCGUAAAAUUGAUUAUUUAUUGUACAAGCCUUUAUGUUACAAUCCAGAGUGUUUGUACUGACUUAUACCAUUAUGCACAUGAACAUUUAUGCAUCA